AUGAUCCGGGCACUGCUGGACGGCGGUGUAGACCCGAACAAAACUACUCCGGGUAGCGAGCAGACAGCGCUACACUUUGCAUGCGCCAGCGGCAAUCUGGACAGAGUCACUGCGCUUCUCAAUAAUGGUGCUGACCGCAUGCUUCGCGAUGCUGACGGGCUCACGGCAUAUCAUGUCGCUGCUCGCACCGGCAGGCAGAAACUGGUCAAGUGGCUGCUGUCCGGUCGGCGCCAUCCGGAUCCGCUGCUCCAGGAGGGCCCGACACUUUUGCACGAGGCCUGCCGAGGAGGAAAUGUCCCCAUCGCCAAGCUCCUUCUAAAGCGAAAAUGCAACAUCGAGGCGCGGACGGAUCGGGGGGAGACGGCGCUGCACAUUGCCGUGGCGCAAAGCAACUUGGGAAUAGUACAGUUGCUGCUGAGCAGCGGCGCGGACACUUUGGCGGAGGGCAAGGAUGGGUCAACGCCAGUCUCGCUUGCAGCCAAGACGGGAAAUGAUGAGAUCAGAAAUGCGUUGCAGCAAAACAAGGCGCAAUUCAGAAGCCCGAUACAUAUAGACAAGAUCGCGGCUGAAAAGGCAUCGGGUGUACAGAAUGGAAGCGAUGGCGAGGAACGACAGCUGCGGAGGUCCAGUCGCCGCCGGGUUGCUUGA